UUGUGCAUGCCUUUGGGUGGUGGGUCCCUCUGGUAUAAAAACAACCAGCAGACUCUUACAUAGCUACAGUGCUCUCCUUCUGCAACACCUCUCACGUUGGCUUCCUAGACGGACAGUUCACUAGGGACAGUUGGAAAAUGGAGGCAGUCACGGAUGCCUUUCAGAGCUAUGGGGUGAGCACCACUAAUUACCUCCAGACUAACUAUAAGGAUGCACAGGGUUUGUUCCUGUGGGUGUCCUGGGCUGCUGACCUCAGGAACACCUUCUUCAUCUUCUUCCCCCUCUGGUUCCACCUGCGGGAGUCGGUGGGUAUCAAACUCAUCUGGGUGGCAGUGAUCGGAGACUGGCUCAACCUGGUCUUCAAGUGGAUUCUGUUUGGCGAGAGGCCGUAUUGGUGGGUUCAUGAAACACCUUACUACAGCAAUACCACUGCACCUCACAUUGAACAAUACCCCAUGACCUGUGAGACUGGCCCAGGCAGUCCCUCUGGCCACGCUAUGGGAGCCGCAAGCAUCUACUACACACUGGUCACCUCCAUCCUAGCCAUCAUGCUGACCAAGAAGAAGACGAGAGCUUCCACCAAGGGCAUGUAUCUGCGGGGCACUUUGUGGGCAUUCUUCUGGGCAGUCCAGGUGUGUGUCUGUCUCUCCAGAGUCUUCAUUGCUGCCCACUUCCCCCACCAAGUCAUCUGUGGAGUCAUCACAGGUAUUGUUGUGGCCGAGGCCUUCAACAGAACCCAGUGGAUCUACGGAGCCAGUCUGAAGAAGUACUUCUACACCACCGUUUUCCUGCUCUCCUUCGCUGUUGGCUUCUACGUGCUGCUGAAGGCUCUGGGCGUGGACCUGCUGUGGACCCUGGAGAAAGCCCAGAAGUGGUGUGUGAGGGCUGAAUGGGUCCACAUGGACUCCACUCCAUUCGCCAGCCUCCUGCGCAACAUGGGCACCCUGUUUGGCCUGGGCCUGGGCAUGCAUUCGCCCCUCUACACCGAGAGCAAGAAGAACAGCAGCACCCCCUUCAGGGUGGGAUGUAUCGUUACCUCGCUGCUCCUGCUGCACCUCUUUGACUCCUUCAAGCCCCCCACGCACACCGCCGCCCUCUUCUACCUUCUGUCUUUCUGUAAGAGCGCCACUGUCCCCUUGGCAACCGUGAGCAUCAUCCCCUACUGCAUGUCAGGAGCAUUGAGCAGCGUACAGAGCAAGAAGCAUCUGUGAGGUCGUUGACGGCUGACGCACAUAGACUUAUGUAUAUGGAGCUCACUCCAGAAUUGAACAGUGUUCACUGGUGCUUCAAUCCUUAAUCAUUCCAUAUAUUGACCUUCUUCCCAAAAAGCCAAAGAGAUGAACAAUCUAUUGUGGUCUUUGUCUACCAUACAUCCAGUCAGUCACUGUAAAUGUCUUAUUUUCCUAUAUACGCAGUGUGGACACUGAAAUGAAAGAACUAUCCAGCGUAUUAUUCAGAGGCAAUUAAGACACUGAUUUAAUUGUAUAAAAAAAAAUCUAAUUUAGAAGUAGUUCAGUGCGAACUCAGGAGCCCAGAAGUGAAUGUUUCCUUGCAGUUGCUUUGACUAAACCUCAUUUUGAAAAAAGAUAAAGCAAACUAAAGUCCAGGAGAAUAUGAGCCCAAAACUUUAGUGGCCUGCUUUACAGUGUGUUCUAAGAAAGUAAUAUAUAACAAUGUUCAUAUUUGUUUUGUAACUGUGUUUUUCCUGUUAAAUAUUUUUGGAAAUGGUCAGAUAUUUAUAAUAAAAACCUUUCAAAUACA